AUGACGCAGCGGUUUGGGCCCUACCACGUUGGUGAGACGAUUGGUCGUGGCACAUUUGCCAAAGUCAAGCUAGCCGUUCAUGAGCCCACUGGCACGCAGGUGGCAUUAAAAAUCAUCCCUCGAAAGGUCAUGGAGCAGGACGCACGUUCCAAUGUAAAGAUUACGCGGGAAAUCAAGAUUCUCCAGGUCCUUCGACAUCCAAAUAUUGUGCGGCUUUACGACGUGGUGCAAACCACGCAUGAUAUUGUGCUCGUCUUGGAAUACGUCUCCGGUGGAGAACUGUUUGACUACAUUUGUGGCAAAGGACGUUUGACGGAGGAGGUUGCGCGUUCUAUUUUCCAGCAGAUUGUGGCUGGGGUAGCGUACUGUCAUCGGUACCAAGUGGCCCAUCGUGAUCUAAAACCGGAGAACAUCAUGAUGGAGCAGGGCUCGACGCGCAUAAAACUUGGUGAUUUUGGUCUAUCGUCUGUCGUGCGAGACGGCUGCUUCUUUGAGACAAGCUGUGGAACGCCGAACUACGCCUCCCCAGAGGUGGUGAGUGGGAGGCCGUACGCGGGGCCAGAGACGGAUGUGUGGAGCUGUGGCGUGGUUCUCUACACCAUGGUGGUAGGGGCCCUCCCGUUUGAUGACAGCAACGUAGGGAAUCUCUUUAAAAAGAUACAGACAGCCAAUUAUAAAAUACCGGACGCACUCUCAGACGAAGUCAAGGACCUUUUGAGGCGCAUGUUGGUAGUCAACCCUUUGGAACGUGCCACCAUGGAGCAAGUCAUGCGUCACCCGUGGGUUAUACCCGCUUUUCCGCCCCACCUCCUUGCCCUUCACUACGAAACUAUCCUUGAGCACCUGAAAUUUGGGAAGUUGGUUCUAACAAGUGAACAGGAAUUGGAUGAAAGAGUUAUAGAAGAUGUUGCCGUGCGUUUUCAUAUGUCCCUCCCUGAGGUGGCAGCUAUUAUCGCCGCACAGGAAAAGCAAAAGUCCCCUUUGUUUAGUGUCAAUUCAGCCGUAUACGCAAAAGGAGGGGCACAAAAAACUUAUCCCGCCUCGGCGUUUUUUGAAAAGUCUGCAAAUGUGAUAGAUGCAAAAAUAUGGCCAACACCUCUCAUUAUACAGCCUGCGGAGCGAGCGCUGCGGGACAAGGAGCAUGAUCUUCAUGUGUCCUACCAUAUCUUGUUGCACAACAAGCAGGAUCGUAUCUCGUUAGAGAAUUUGUCCAACGCUGAGGCGGGCUGCGAUGCAGCCAACUCGCUCAUGUUAACACUUUCCACAAGUCAUGGAUACGGUUCACUCAAUGCGAAUUCGUUACACCAGGUACCUCUGGGAAUGAGUAAUGCGUCUUGGAGUUUACACCGGGCAAACCACAAGGGAGUUGAGCAAACUAUCCGCAUCAACAAGGAGUGUGGGAUUACUUUUUGCGGUUCCCUACCUGCCUACGUGCAGCCAGAUCAGCUGUUAAAGGGCGACGUUGAUGUUUACAUGGAGGGUUACAAUCAUGUUGCAGAAGCCCUUAUUCUGCUGGCUUGUCCCCGCUCCAGGCACACUAUCUUGGGAAAGUUGCUGGGGGUAGUUGAACGCCCCAUGGUGGCGACAAAACCAGCUCGAUCGCUUUCAGAAGCGCCCGUCAGAAAACCAAGUGGUGGUGGAGCUCUCCUCCGGCCUCUGCUUAAGCCAAUGACUGGAAAAGAUGCUCAGAAUUCUGCGUCCAUGCCGUCUGAGAGAGUGCUCCUUCGACCCACUUCCGCCGCUAAAAAAGGAAAGGGCAAAAGAAGUGACGAGGACGAAUUGCGCUCGUCUAAAUGUGGGAGUGGCAUUGGGUUUUCACCGUCGCUGGCGCCCGAUGUGCUCCAGUGUGAUACAGUGACACGUUUUGGCAAUGACUUUAUGCGGAACGGCGUGCUGUUCUCCAACAUUGACAGUCCAACAACGCUAAAGCACGUUUACGAUGCUAUGGAGGAAGAGGGAUUCUUAUGGAAGGGCAUUCGCCCAUUCGCCUUUGCCGCUGUGGUUCACCCCUCUGUGAAGCUGCAGAUACGGAUCUACAAGGUGACUGCCGAGGAGCAGAUUGUCGAUGUAAAAGUGUCCUCCCAAAGUGGCAUGCAUGCAUGCGAUAGGGCUGUGAAACUUUUGGAGCGGCUGCGGCGGAAAUCAGUUGCACACACAGAGAAAAAGUUGAAGCAGAGCCUGGCCAUGCGUGAAGAGCAUCGUGAGUCUGCUACUGAAACUGCAACAUGA